AUGGCACCAAAUGCCGAGCUUGACCGAAGUCAAGACACGCCUGUUCAAGCGACGACUACCUCACCAGAUGUUACCAAUUCAAAUGAUAAUGCGCUCAUAAUUCAUCCCCAAACUUCCCAGGAUAGAUGGUUAAGGCGCUGGCGAAAUACAAUCAUUGUGGCCGGUUUCGCAGUGUUGAUUACGCCCUUUACCUCCCUGGGAAGUUGGUUAUCGCCCGCAGAAUCUCCAAUUGACCCAACCAACUAUGCCCUACGGACCAAGCGCGUACUCUCGACAACACCUCUAAUCGAUGGUCAUAAUGACUUCCCCUGGCUUCUUCGAGUUGAACUACAUAAUCGAAUUUACGACGGAAAUUUUGAUCCAAACCAGCGACUCUUGGGUCACACGGAUAUCGGCCGAAUGAGGCAGGGAAUGAUGGGAGGGCAAUUCUGGAGUGUACAUGUUAAAUGCGAUGUGACUCAAAAACAUUUCGAGGACCCUUCCUGGAUAGUACGCGAUACUCUCGAACAAAUCGAUGUAGCCAAAAGAUUCAUCGCGGAAUCUCCGGAAGUCUUCACUUAUUGCGAAACGCCCUCCUGCGCCCGCGCCGCAUUUAAAAAUGGGCGCAUUGCCAGUAUGCUAGGAAUUGAAGGCGGACACCAACUCGGAGGCUCGAUCGCUGCUGUCCGACAAGCGUACGACCUCGGAGUUCGGUAUAUCACGACGACGCAUAAUUGCGAUAACGCUUGGGCGACAUCUGCUUCAACUGUUGCGCGGGGAAACCCCGAUAAAGGCCUCUCACAACUUGGCGCUGCCUAUGUUCGCGAGAUGAACCGACUUGGAAUGAUGAUUGACCUUUCGCACGUGUCCCAUCAGACUAUGCGCGAUGUGCUAUCUAUCACACAAACGCCUGUGAUUUUUUCCCACUCGGGAGCGUACUCCGUUACCCCUCACCUGCGGAACGUACCCGACGAUGUACUGCGCAAUAUUCGCAAAAAUGGAGGCAUCGUAAUGGCUGUGUUUGUGAACCGCUUUUUGAAUAUGAAAGACCCAGGCGCUGUCACGAUUCACGAUGUUGUGGAUCAUAUAUGGCAUCUCGCGGAAGUAGCGGGUUGGGAGCAUGUUGGCAUUGGGUCCGACUUUAGCGGUACCCCCUUUACACCCAACGGCUUGGAGGAUGUUUCGAAGUAUCCGGAUCUAAUUGAGCUACUAAUGGCUCGCGGGGCUACCGACGACCAGAUUAAGCUUUUAGUAGGAGACAACAUACUACGAGUAUGGGAAUCAAUCCAACGUAGAGCUCAGGAAAUCCAGGCUCUAGGGGGAAAGCCCGUAGAAGAAGAGUGGGAAGGGCGUAAAUGGCAUAAGGGUUAUAAAAAUUCGCCAUACAUGUACCGUGAAACUCGAGAAAGAGCAGCGAGAGAAGAUUGGGGCCAGCCCGAUCAAUUCAACGUCGGCCAGCCUGCGAGUCAUGGUGCCGCCGUUAAAGCCGAAAACGAUCUCUGA